AUGACCGUGAGUCUCGAGCUGAAUUACCCGAGCCUUCGUGUGGUUUGAGGUUCAUUAUGCCCGUGAAUUCGGGGCGAACGAUGCUGAUGUACGUGAUCCAUGUCGGAUCAUCGUCGUCCAACAGGCCGCGAGACCGAGCACGGGCUCAGCCUCGGCCCAAUUCGGUUCGUCGGGGCAACUGCAAUCUCACUCGAGCGCAAGAGGCGUCGAGUCCGACGCGGCCGCUGGUGCCUCUGGUGCCCAACCUGGCAAACCCACGACAUUCAAGCCCGACUUAUCAGCAGCUUCAUCGUCCUCGUCCUCGUCGUUCACCAACAAAACACCCCGCUUCGUUUCGAGGCACUGUCAUCAGGACAAGGUCAGUCUCUGUCACACACACACGCACACCCCUGAUCGUCGUCUCGUCGACUUGCUUCGGCCAACUCCGGCCCUGCACCCGCGCGUGGCCAACAACCCCCCUAUUGCAACGAGUCAAUUGAAACACCCAUUUCGUGAGAGCCACGGACCCGCGCGCGCGACUCAGCUCGGAACCCAGUGCGGUUCCAAACGUGUACGCCCUUGUCGCCCUGUCGCUCGUCGCCCGCGUUCCGACUUGGAGCCGACUCUCGAUCGAGGGAGAUCGCCAACAGGCUGGCCCCACCUCCGAGCCGAGCCCCGAUCGGUCCAAUUUACAGCAACUGAUCACAGACAUCACAUUGACCACUUUUUCCCCUGAAUACAGAAAACUCCCGUCACCCAACCCCGCAUGUUCUGCAGCAACACCGAUUGCUCCUUCAACUACUGCGACAAGUGCAUCCGCAAACAGUGAGUCCCCCGCAUCCGCUUCCCCCUGUCGCCGGAUCUGGCACCUCCGUAUCGCUUUUUUCUCUCGCGAAGGACCGCAUUUUCUGCACUGCAAAUAAGAACGUUGUACUUAUCCGAACGUGCCUAUGACUCCUAGCUAUACCUUCAUUCCCUUCGUCGCCAAUGCUUUGUUCGAAUGUCCGGCAUGCCAAGGAAUCUGCAGCUGCGCUCGCUGCGUCAAGGCGCGCAUCCGCAACAAAAAGGUGCGAUCUGCGCCAGGUGGAAAACGACUACAGCACCAUCCCUUGGGAGGCGGGCAUCACGAAGAUCACGGCGACGAGGAGAGCGAUCCGCCGACCAGCGGCGACGACGCGAGCGCUCAGAUCACUUCAAGGAAGCGCAAGUCUGCCAAGGGAGCGAGCGCCACGCAGGGCCAUGGACCUGUUCCGAAUGGCUUGGAGCAAGAUUCUGGGUCACAAUUUGGUGCUCAUGUCGAAUCAUCGGGUGCAAGCGCUGCUCGUCAAUCGCGCACUCGCAGACGGGACUCGGUGGGGGCGAGCGAUGACGAAGAAGACGACGACGCCGAAAGUGAUGUCCCCGCGAACAUGUACAACGCAGCAUUCGGUCACUUCCCAACAUACUCAAUGCCGGAAAGUGCUCCUAGCGCUUCCGAGAUGAUGCUACCCCAACUUGUGCUCGGAACGGGCGAGGUCGUCGACCCUAACGUCGCUCCCUUCCACGGCGCGCGUGUUCAGGCGACUCCAGCGGAGUACGACGGGUUCUCAUUCGCCGCCUUCUCCAUCGAAUCUAACGGUGUCAAGCCCUGCCCGCCUACACUGCCGAGACCUACCUCGUCAUUCUGGCAGAUGGAGGCACCCGAGCGCAAACGCCGGAGAUUGAGCACGGGUUCGGCCGGCUCCUCGGCGCCGUCGGUGUCGUCUCUAUCCUCCUUUCCCGACUCGGGGUCCCGGUCCGGAACAGGCACGGGCUCGAUCGACUCGUACACCUCGAUCGACUCGACAUGCUCAAGCCCCGAGGCGACGACGACAGUGUGCGAGACGGAAGCCACGACACCUCCCGUCUUCCCUGAAGAAGACAAGGCCGGCAUGGACGACGACCUCGACUUUUUGCUCUUCAGCCAAAGCACUUUUUCAUCUGUCGCCGGUCUGGGUGGACUCAGCUCGACCUUGACCACAUACCCGACCAUCGACGGGGCGUCACCGAUGCGUCUCGCUAUACCCACGGCCGACGAGAUGACGAAUUCGAUCUCGCUCGACUCGUUUGCGCCGGCCAAGCUCGGUUCCUUAAACGACUGGGGCACUUCGGCGUCUUCCAGCUCUGGUCUCAUGCCGAUCCACCACCGUAUCCCCUCAUCGUCAUCGGCGUCGACGCUGCUUUCGACGUCUACCGACUCGUUCGCAGAAGCCCCUGAUGCUCAGACCUCAGCGUCCUCGGUCAUCUCCUGGUGCGAUGAACUGGAGCUCGACUUUGGGCCGAUGACAAGUGAUGCUCGCCGCCCGAGCUGCUCCUUCAGUGGCCCAUAUCUUCCGCCCCAUCAUCACCACUUUUCGACUCGGGAAGAAGAUGAGUUCAGUUGGGCCACCAACGGCGUCACUUCCUCGAUCGAUCACGGCGCGUUCGUCCAAGUCGAUGAUUGGAUCAACUGA